AUGAAGCUAGAUGAGUUGAGAAAUAAUGGUUGGGAUGAUUUUAUCAAGAGUGUGCUAUCAUUUUGUGAACAACAUGACAUUUGUGUACCUGAUAUGAGUGCCCGUCAUAAAAUGGGUAGAGGUCGUUCUUGUCAACAAAAGGAUUCUAUUACAUUUGAGCAUUAUUAUCGCAUUGAUGUAUUUAAUGAUGUAAUAGAUUUUCAGUUGGUGGAGUUAAAUACUAGAUUUCCAGAGCAAACAAUGGAACUUCUUUAUCUGACCUCAACAUUGGAUCCUCGUAAUUAUUUCAAGCGAUUUAGCAUUGAUGAUAUAUGUAAUCUUGCUGAGAAGGUUUAUCCUGAAGAUUUUACUACAACUGAGUUGCAGGCUUUAAAUCAACAAUUGGGAUUUUAUAAGAUUGAUAUGGACCGUCUUCCAGCCUUCAAGAAUCUCGAUUCUAUUCAUGAAUUGCUGAAGUGGUUACUUGACACAGGGUUAGCACACACCUACCAUUUGGUUGAUAGAUUGAUUCGUUUGGUGUUAACUCUUCCUAUUUCUACAUCAACAACAUAA